AUGCAUAUUUUGUUAUCAAUAAUACGCGGCGGCGCGUUCAGCACCUCCACGGGCCUCGCGGCGGCACGUACAGCACGCAUCCCGUUGGGCCGAAGUCCGGCGAGACACGCCAUCUCUUGGACCAGACCUCUGCGGCCGUUGGACUUCUCAGGAAUCGAAGACGUCUCUCCGAUUGUGGAUGCGGCCGUUUCCGGCGAGAUGCUAUCGAUCGGAGAACUUUGUUUUGUGAGUAAAACGCUAAGGUCGACUAGAUCAUUGAUCGAGCAGUUGAAGGAGGUAUCAUCUGAGGGUCAUUCAUAA